AUGUCAAUUGAAGCUCUGGCCAUGGCAGGCGCCGAUUAUAUGGAAUGUGACAUUAACAUUGAAGCAUUGGAACGAUGUGGCUCGGAACAGCCACCUCCAUACCUUCUACCUGAUCAACAGUAUCUGAGCAUUGAGGUUCACAGAAAGGGUGAUGAUAUGAAGUUAGUAGACAAUGGCGAGGUAGUGAAAGCAAAGAUGCGGGAAUGGGCUAAGGCAGUUGCUUCAAAGAAGAAUGCAUUCCAAUUCGAAAUAUUUUAGAUAUUACUGAUUUUGUUUUUGCAAUUAUCUUUCUCAGAAC